AUGGACGAGGCUGAACCAGGUCCCGAUUCUGAGUCGAGUGGCGGAGGCCCUUGGCAACUAGUUUCAUCUAAAAAGGAAAAACGCAAGGCGCGUAGAGAUGAGUCACUGGCGCAACCAAUGGCGGCUGCUCGAGGUGCCCCAUCCCAGGCCCGUGAUGAGGCGAGUAGAGGUGACGGGUACCUUGAAGUGCCGUUGCACAACGUCAGCAAAUCCAAUACCCAUUCGUUUCGAACUCAUUCAGUGAUUGGACACUACUCCCAGGUUCGUAAUGGUGAUGUUUUCAUGGAUAAGCGCGAAGCUUGUCGCUGCAAGACGGUUCCCGACGACGGCUUAACAUCGCUAGAAUGGGAUUUGAACAGAGGUUUUAAAGAGUUCGAAUGGAGAAACAGAGACAACACGACAGCUGAUGGCCUCAAACCCGUUCUGAAAUGGAUCUUGCACAAGCUGCGUAACCCUGGUGAAGACGAACUGAAACGGUACCCGAGGCCGAGUGCAGCGGAAGUCACCUUCGUCUUCAAACGAGCUGUGAUGACUAGAAUCCUAACUGCACCCUACGCAAAACGGGAGUCGACCGGUGGGUGGCGUCUUAGAGUGUGUCGCUUCCAGAAUACCAUCUAUCUGUGCAAUGAUAAAAUAUUUGGUCGCUGGAGAGUUUACACAGAAGCAGAUAAGAUCAAGAUCUACAGGGGCUCGGGCUUUGAAACGUACUUGACAUCUCACAUUCAGCCAGUGGAUCCCAGCAGCUACAAGCUUGUUCGUACUGGCUGCAGAAGUGGAUGGUGA